GUACUAGCUCCGAAAUAGUGAUAUCCAGAAAGUUGUAUAGUUUGGGCACAGAGGCAAAGGUGUUCUGAAUUCAUCAACAACAUCAAGCUGAAGGUCCGUUCCGUGCGUGCCUCAUCACCUUUUUACUUCAUACCUCUUCUAGGGUUUUUCACUGAAUCAGCCAUGCCUCGGUACUACUGUGACUUCUGCGAUACCUAUCUCACCCACGAUUCUCCAUCUGUUAGAAAGCAGCAUAACUCUGGUUAUAAACACAAGGCUAAUGUAAGGUUAUAUUAUCAGCAAUUUGAAGAACAGCAAACCCAAAGUUUAAUUGAUCAACGGAUCAAAGAACAUCUUGGACAAGCUGCGGCUUUUCAGGCGGUUGGUGUGGCUUAUAAUAAUCUAAUGGUUCAAAGGCCAAACCUUCCUCCUGUAUUGCCACCCCCGAGAUUUCCCAUUCCUGGAGGUCACCCACUAAUGCCAGGGUUCAGACCUCUCAUGCCUCGACCUUUACCUGUUCCUGGGGCACCAGGGUGUCCUUCUGCACCUAACACCAUGCCACAAAUGAUGCCUCCACCUGGUGCCCCCCAGAUACCAGGUCAGCUAAAUACCCUACCAAGGCCCCCUUCAUUCGCUCCCCCACCAACAGUUCCUGGAAGCACUACAGCACAACGUUCCAAUGGUGCUCCCUCUAUGGCAUCAUCAGCCAUGUAUCAAGCCAAUCCACCUGCGCCAUCAUCUGGAGGGUAUGAUAAUUACAAUUCCAAUUCCAAUUCCAAUGUUCAAGCACCUGAGAGCAAUCAAUGACCUGGUCAAACUUGUAUGUUAUAUUAUAUGAAAUUUUGCACUAAUGCAAUUUGUUCAGUAAAAUCUUACUGCCUUAUUCUAUACGAUUUUCUAUCAGUAGCUUAGGAAGAAAACUGGCUAUUUGCAGGGACUCGUCUUUAUGGAGUUCUACUAAUCAACAUUACCUUCCAUUUCUAUUUAUUUAUGUGCUAUACAGUUCUCUCUGCAUAA